AUGGCUUCAUCUUUCUCAGUUCCUUCAAUGAUUAUGGAAGAAGAAGGGAGGUUUCAAGCAGAGGUUGCAGAGGUGCAGGCAUGGUGGAACUCAGAGAGAUUUAAGCUCACCAAAAGGCCAUACUCAGCAAGAGAUGUUGUCUCACUGAGAGGAAACAUCAAACAAAAUUACGCAUCAAAUGAAAUGGCCAAGAAGCUCUGGAGAACUCUGAAAACUCAUCAGGCCAAUGGGACAGCAUCAAGAACUUUUGGAGCCCUUGAUCCUGUUCAAGUCACCAUGAUGGGCAAGUAUUUGGACUCGAUUUAUGUGUCUGGUUGGCAAUGCUCAUCUACUCAUACCUCCACCAAUGAACCGGGACCAGAUCUUGCUGAUUAUCCUUAUGAUACUGUUCCGAACAAAGUUGAGCAUCUUUUCUUUGCUCAGCAGUAUCAUGACAGGAAACAAAGGGAGGCGAGGAUGAGUAUGAGCCGCGAGGAGAGGGCUAGGACGCCGUUUGUUGACUAUUUGAAGCCUAUCAUCGCUGAUGGUGAUACCGGUUUUGGUGGUGCCACCGCCACCGUCAAGCUUUGCAAGCUUUUCGUGGAACGUGGGGCGGCCGGUGUCCACAUUGAGGACCAAUCCUCUGUAACUAAGAAAUGUGGUCAUAUGGCUGGAAAAGUGCUUGUUGCAGUGAGUGAACAUAUUAACAGGCUUGUUGCAGCAAGGUUGCAGUUUGAUAUCAUGGGUACUGAGACGGUUUUAGUUGCUCGUACGGAUGCUGAGGCUGCGACAUUGAUCCAAACAAAUGUUGAUACCAGGGAUCAUCAGUUUAUCUUGGGUGUAACUAAUCCACAGCUUAAGGGCAAGAGCUUGGCGACGAUUUUAUCAGAAGCGAUGGCAGCAGGGAAAACUGGCCCUGAACUCCAGGCCAUUGAGGAUAAUUGGCUGGCAAUGGCGCAGUUGAAGACAUUCUCUGAUUGUGUAGUUGAUGCAAUCAGGAGAUUGAAUGUCAGUGAAGCUGAGAAGCAGAGGAGGCUGGAUGAGUGGAUGUAUCAUUCCAGCUUCGAAAAGUGUUUGUCAAAUGAGGAAGGAAGAAUGAUCGCCGAAAGGAUGGGACUAGAUCUGUUCUGGGAUUGGGAUUUGCCUAGAACCAGAGAAGGCUUCUACAGGUUUAAGGGAUCUGUCAACGCUGCAAUUGUUCGGGGCUGGUCUUUCGCUCCAUACUGUGAUCUGAUCUGGAUGGAAACUGCUAGCCCUGAUUUGGUUGAAUGCACGAAAUUUGCCGAGGGAGUGAAAUCCAAGUGUCCUGAAACCAUGUUGGCAUACAACUUAUCUCCAUCAUUCAACUGGGAUGCAUCAGGAAUGACCGAUGAGCAGAUGAGAGAUUUCAUUCCAAGGAUUGCUAAAUUAGGAUACUGUUGGCAGUUCAUCACGCUGGCCGGCUUCCACGCGGAUGCCCUCGUGGUCGACACAUUUGCUAAGGAUUUCGCCAGAAGGGGUAUGCUGGCAUAUGUUGAGAGAAUCCAAAGGGAGGAAAGAAGCAAUGGGGUGGACACUUUAGCUCAUCAGAAAUGGUCUGGUGCAAAUUACUAUGACAGAGUCCUCAGGACUGUCCAGGGAGGCAUCACUUCUACUGCUGCCAUGGGCAAAGGUGUUACUGAAGAGCAGUUCAAAGAGACAUGGACUAGGCCAGGAGCAACAGACAUGGGUGAAGGAGCAAGUGUUGUGAUUGCUAAAUCAAGAAUGUAA